AUGAGUUAUUUUUAUCCUCCUGAACAUCAAAGUAAUGUAGGGGCUCCAAAAUUAGAAUAUCCAGGUCAAUUACCAAGACUGACACCUCCUGAAAAGCAUUUUGUUACUCAGUUACUAUCGGAUAUACCUAAAGAUGGACUUAUGAAAAAAACAGCUUUACAGAUUUUAAAUUCUGAUACUUCGCCUCAUACAAACAUUGAUUUUUCGUUAAUCCAGUUAAGUGUAGCUGAGAAGCAAUCUGAAUUGCCCCAGACUUAUAAAACUGGAAUUCCAGUCAUAUUAUCCAUCCCGGAAAAAACUUCAAACAGUUAUUCUCAGAAUUUUGGAACAGACGAUAUUAUCAUAAAAAAACUUGCUAGUGGUGAUAAUGCUCCAGUAAACAAAAUUUAUAAACCAGAAUUUGUAACAUUAGCACCGCCAUUACUAAAUUGCGAAGAUGAACCUAAAACGAAUUUAAACGGAUGCAAACUACACCCCUGACGUUCACCCUCCAAAAAAGGCUGUUUUCUAAAUAUUUCG